AUAGCUAAAUCCCAUAUUCUCUACUCAACUACAAGAUUAGAUAAAAUUAAAGAUGGCACCAACCCAAAUUUCUGAGGAAUUAGAAGCCAGCCUAUUUGCCAUGCAAUUAGCUGGUACUUCUUCAAUACUCCCCAUGGUUCUCAAAACCGCCUUGGAGCUCGACCUCUUGGAGAUCAUAGCUAUGGCAGGUCCCAACGCGUUCCUUUCCCCUUCGGACAUCGCUGCACAACUUCCAACAAAUAACCCUAAUGCGUCGAUGAUGCUAGACCGAAUGUUGAGACUAUUGGCAAGCUACAACGUGCUUACUUACUUGCUUCGUGAUAAAGUCACAAGCAAUGGGAAAGUACUAGUGGAGAGACUGUAUGGUCUGGCUCCACUCAGCAAAUUCUUGACCAAGAAUGAAGAUGGAGCCUCCAUUGCUCCUCUUUGUCUCAUGGUCCAAGAUAAAGUAUUUAUGGAGAGUUGGUACCACUUGAAGGAUGCAAUACUUGAUGGAGGAAUAGCUUUCGACAAGGCUCAUGGAAUGCCAGCAUUUAAGUACAAUCAAAUAGAUAAAAGAUUCAAUAAGAUCUUCAACAAAGGAAUGUUUGACCACUCUAGCAUUACCAUGAAAAAAAUCCUCGAAACCUACAAGGGUUUCGAGGGUCUUAACUCGAUGGUCGAUGUUGGGGGUGGCAGUGGAGCUGUUCUUAGCAUGAUUGUCACUAAGUACCCUUCUAUUAAAGGCAUUAACUUCGAUUUGCAUCAUGUUAUCGAAGACGCGCCUCCAUUUCCCGGUGUAGCUCAUGUUGGAGGAGACAUGUUUGUAAGUGUGCCAAAAGGUGAUGCAAUUUUCAUCAAGUGGAUUUGCCAUGACUGGAGCGACGAAGACUGCUUAAAAUUAUUAAAGAACUGCUACGACGCAGUGCCUCGUCAUGGAAAAGUGAUCGUAGCCGAGUUCAUUCUUUCGGUUGCACCAGACUCGAGCUUGGCCGCUAAGUGUACAGCCCAUAGUGAUAUGAUCAUGUUGGUUGAUCAUGGUGGCAAAGAGAGAACACAGAAAGAGUUUGAGGAAUUGGCCAAGGCAGCUGGCUUUAAGGGCUUCAAAGUCGUUUGCAAUGCUUUCAAUACCUAUAUCAUGGAGUUUCUCAAGACCAAUUGAUUUUUAACAUAGCUAGGGAGCUUCUUAAGUGGGGUCGCAUCACUUUUUUCCUUACCGGAGGGUCGUUGUUUGUUUUCGAUACCUAGAAAAAUUAUAUAUUAGUUAUAGUAGAUAUUUUGUGCGUUUUUUAAAAAAUUCUGAAUAAUUUACAGUAUCGAAAGUUCAAAAUAGUUAGUUGUACACGUAUAAAUAAAAUAAGCAUACGUACAGUUAACUAUUUGAAUUAUAUUUUCGACAUGUUAAAUUAUUUUGAAUUAUUGAUCGAAAUCUCAAAAUAGUUAGUUGUACGCGUAUAAAAUAAAACAAACAUGCAUACAACUGACUAUUUGAGUUAUAUUUCGACAUCUUAAAUUAUUUUGAAUUAUUGAAAGCGGGCAUAUAUGAUGCCUACUACUUUUAAAAUUAUAGAUUAUAAUUUUUCUAUAUAGCGAAAAUAAGAAAUGCGUCUUUGGUAAGCUAAAAUGAUGACCCUGCUUAAGAAUUUUCUUACAUAUUAGUUGUAGUGCUAUAUUUAAUGUAUGUUAUUAUUAAUAAUACCCUUGAAAAGGAAGAAUGAAAAAUCAGUUCACUUUGCGAAUAAAACAAA